AUGCCAACUCGAAUAGUCACCGAAAUUUUCGGAAACCCUGUAAAAGUUAUUCAGCAUAAGUCAGAUAUUAUACGGACGGAAGUGUUACGGGACUUUGGUGGCAUUUAUCUCGAUCUUGAUGUAAUAGUCUUUCAACCAUUCGAUGAUCUUCUCUAUGAUGAUUUUACUAUGGCCCUUGAGGAACAUAUUGAACCAACUCUCGGUAAUGCAAUAAUUAUCGGCAGGCCAUUUGCUCCUUUUCUUACCAGAUGGAUACAAGGAUAUAAAGAUUUUAACGACGAUGAAUGGUCCCGUCAUUCAACUCGGUUGCCUUACCUUAUAUCAGAAGAACAUGGCGAUGAUAUUCAUGUUUUAAACACAACAGCAUUUUUUUGGCCGACUUGGAUUAGAGAGCAUCUGAACUACGAUAUAUAUUUACGAGAUUUAACUCCAAAAUCGAUAAAAAGUGUGGAAACAAGUUUUAAUAGAGCUAUCAGAAAAUUUUUAGACUAUUUGCCUAAAGACUUUAAUGAAGAGAUUGUUGAACAAGAAUUGAACAGAGGAAAAAAUAAGAAAGAAGGUGGUGAAGGAAGCAGAUAUUAA